AUGGUCAUGAACAUCGCCUCCAUGCUCGAGCGCUUCCUCGUGCUAAACGUCUCGGACCAAGUCUUCCUUAAGGACAGCCUGUACGACUUCGGCGAUCUCGCAGAUGAACAAAACGACGCACUGGCGUACGACAGCCCCGUCAUUGAAAAGGUCAUCGAAGAUGGUGGCGUUGACGCGUUCAGAACCUUGACGAACUUCACUCCAACAGAGUUCGACACGAUUUGGGGACUCGUGGUGGCCACACUCUUUUCUCGCUGGCACAAGGGACGCGAGCGCAAAUCGACAACUACCCCCCGCGACGCCCUAGUCAUGACGUUCGUCAUCCUAAAGUACUAUCAAACAUGGGAAAAGCAUGCCAUGGACUUCGACGUGAAGGCUCCUACCUUGGACAAGAUUGUGCUGCGCGUCGUCAAAGUUGUCCAACCAUCCUCUACGAGUCAUUCGUCACGAUGCCAACGAUGA